AUAUUCUCAUUAAUUGGCUCACUCCCCCAUAUUUUCAAAUUUCGAGCUCCUUAAUUGCGUGAUGUAAUUAGGGUUCGGCCAAGAUUAAUCAACAGUAAAUCAUGGCACUUAUUGAAAUUCUUCCGUGGUAGUUCUCCUAACCAGAAGAAUUAUUAUUUGUAGUGGGGUCACCAAAUGGCGAAAAAGUGUUCAUGAAGCCGAUCCAGUACUACCGAUUUUAUGGGGUAAUAAGAAACACUAUAUAUACACUUAAAAGUGAAAGUUUUAUAAAUUUUAAAUUACGUAAAUUAUAUUGAUUUUAUAACUCAAUUGAGCAUCAAUUGUUAAGCAAAUAUGUCGUACAAUUCUUUAAUAAAUCAAGUUGCAGUAGUUACUGGUGGUCUCUCGGGAAUUGGAUUAGCUACUACAGUUAAAUUACUUCAAAAUGGAGUAAAAGUCAUUGUUGGAGAUAUUACUCCUGAAGAGAAGGUUGGUUCUAUCUUGAACAGUCUUAAACAAAAAUCAGGAAACGAAAAUGUUAAAUUCUUAAGGACUGAUGUGACAAAUUUUGAGGAUAACAAGAAUUUAGUUGAUUAUGCUGUUGAACAAUUCAAAGAUUUGAAUUUAGUAUUGGCUAACGCUGGGAUUGGAAUUGCAUCCCCUGCUCAUUUAAUUACUUACAAAGAUUGGCAAAAGGUUAUUGAUGUUAAUUUAAAUGGUGUUUUCUCCUUAGAUAAGGAGGCUAUCACUUAUUGGAUCAACAACAAUAAACAGGGUAAUAUUGUUAAUACUGGUUCCAUAUUAGGAUUAGUUGGUUUUGGAGGUGUUGCAAGUUAUGCAGCUGCUAAAGGAGGUGUGAAAUUGUUGACGCAAACAUUAGCUAUUGAAUAUGCAUCUAAGGGAAUUAGAGUUAAUUCGAUAAAUCCUGGGUAUAUUAAAACCCCCAUAUUAGAUGCACUUCCACAAUCUGUUUAUGAAGAAUUAAUAUCGAAGCAUCCAAUUGGUAGAAUUGGUCAACCUGAAGAAAUUGCGAAUGUGAUUGCAUUUUUAUUUUCAGAUCAAGCCACUUUUAUUAAUGGAGCUUCCAUCGUAGCAGAUGGUGCCUACACCGCACAAUAAACGCUCAAUUUAGAAGUUUAUAGUAUUUUUUAAAAUAAAUGAAUAUAUUGUGAACAUUAAA